GAAGACCCCGAAGGUCGUGUUUGUGGGCCGCGGCCAGAAGAGGGCUUAUUUCCUGUAAGCCUGGGAAAUGCGGCUUCGAUUACAUCAAAAAUUAACCUAGCCUAGCAUCUUUACAAUGGUCUCAAGUUGGGUAAGGAUGAAGUGGAAAGUAUGAGCGUAUGGACCAACGAGGAAGGAUGGGACAAGCCGCUUGCUGCAGCAAAGCCAUGGCUCAGGUACUGAGGAUGGCCUUGUUUCUGCUGAUGUCGUUCAGUUUAUGUCGUGACGGCCGUGGCCGUUGUCAUGGCCUCCUUUGUAUCGUUGCUUCAGCUUAUCCAGUAUUUAGCAUCCUCAGUGUUUCGGUUUAAAGUGACCCAAUAUGAAUUGGAAAUACAUCCGUGGAAUGACAGGCUCCCGUGUACCUCUCUCAAUAUUUCUUCUGGGGCCUUACACAAAGACACUCAUGUCGCACUAUGCAUUCUGCUGACAGUAUACUUAAAUUUGCGCCCCUGUGCCUGUGGACCUCGUGCCUCGGAACAGCGACGGAAAACAGCUCGUCUCCAGACCUUUACCACCCCAUA